AACUCCCCGUGGCUCUCCGGAUAGCUAUUUAACCAGCUUAGAGCUGUUUUUAAUUAGAGCAUUUUUAUUAACGGGGUUUCGCUACAGCAUGAAGGAGGAAAAAUAAUAAUUUAGCGACGGUACCUGCAACGAAAACAGUGACUUCUCCUGUUAGCUAGAAGAAAACAGAUAACGUUAAGUUAGUAGCUUGAGAAAGUCAAUUAACACUAAGUCAGCAUGAGAAGAGGCAUCAUUAAUACAAUAUAAACAGUGUGUUCAACUUCAGCAGCAAUACUUCUUUUGUAGCUGGUGGAAGUGUUGUUAUCGCUGCCAGUGACCUUAGCCCCACUUGACCCAGCUCCCGGACGGUCACCGGUAUGUUUCCUUUAGACUCUCCGUGGAACAUCUCGUUUGCAGGCUGCGGCUUCCUCGGUAUCUACCACAUCGGUGUGGCCAGCUGCCUGGUGGAGCAGGCUCCUUUCCUGGUGCAUAAUGCCAGGCACGUAUAUGGGGCAUCAGCUGGAGCCCUCACUGCCACUGCCCUGGUCACUGGGGUAUGUCUUGGAGAGACUGGUGCGAAUAUCAUCGAUGUUGCCAAAGAGGCGAGGAAGCGUUUCCUCGGACCCAUGCAUCCUUCCUUUAACCUGGUGAAGAUUGUGCGUCACAUGCUGCGGCGCACACUGCCAGCUGAUUGUCACAAUCAGGCCAACGGGCGGUUAGGAAUCUCUCUUACCCGAGUGACAGAUGGAGAAAAUGUCCUGGUGUCGCACUUCGACAACAAGGAGGAGCUGGUGCAGGCCUGUGUCUGCAGUGCCUACAUCCCAGUGUACUGUGGUAUCAUUCCCCCCACACUGCAAGGAGUGCGAUAUGUGGACGGAGGAAUCUCAGACAACCUGCCUCAGUAUGAGCUGAAAAAUACCAUCACGGUGUCCCCGUUCUCUGGAGAGAGCGACAUCUGCCCCAGAGACACCUCCACCAACAUACACGAGCUGCGAUUCACCAACACAAGCAUCCAGUUCACCCUCACCAACCUCUACAGAGUCUCCAGGGCACUGUUCCCCCCGGACCCAAUGAUUAUGAAGUCCAUGUGUAAGCAGGGAUAUAAAGAUGCUCUGCACUUUUUAAAGAAGAAUGGAUUGCUUAAUUUAAACGGCCCUCUCGGAGACAGACCCCUGCUAGCUAAUGGGGAAGAAAAUGAGGUUUAUGAUGAGGAGGAGGAGGAGGAGGAGGAGGAGGAAGACAACAAAAGCGACGAAGAGGAGAAAAAGCCACAUGUGGAGGAGGGAGCAGUGAUGGUUCAUUGCAGUUCCUCAAUAGAGGAGCAUUUUUUCGAACACCUUCCACCCACCCUGCACAAAGCUUUAGUUGAGGCCUGCAUGGAGAGGAGAAGCAUGACACAGUUGCUAAGCAACACGCUUCCUAUCAGGAUGGCCUCAGCCAUGAUGCUCCCUUACACUCUCCCUCUGGAGUCCGCUCUGUCCAUGACUCUCAGACUUCUGGAGUGGCUGCCAGAUGUGCAAGAAGAUGUUGGAUGGAUUCGAGAGCAAGUAUUCAAAAUCCUACAACAUGUCCUUCGCCAGGCCUCCCAAAGCAUUUCCCAGCAUGUGUCUGCCAGGUUUUUCUGUCAGCUGGAGCUGCACCACUACCAGUCCCUCCCAUCCCAGUUCAGCUCCACCAGCCUGUUUCCCACCUGGGUGAACGGGAGCAGUUCUUCAGUCCUGGACGUCUUCAUGCGUCUCGACGAGUACAAGAGGCAGCUGUUGUCUGGAGUGCUGUGUAUCAACAUGGACCUGCAGGGCGUCUUCCAAACCGAACCGAUCUCACCAGACGAGAGCCCUCCGUCCACCCUCUCCCCAGAAGGCCUCACAAUGCACAGUGAUUGUCUUCCACGCUCCAGCUCUGGAGAAACCAUCAGCAGCUCCUAAGAGCUUCAUUACUUAAUCUAGAUCCAGUAACAUUUACAACAGAUUUUAAUAUCUGUUUACACCCUUACAUUUACAUAUUUUAAACUGCCAGGAAGAAUCUAACCAGACCCUUUUUGUAGGGGUUCGAAAUAGUAAAAAUGUACCAUCUUUACACUUAGCGUGUAUUAAUAUAUUUGCCUAAUGCAUGACACUGAAAUAAGUCUUUAGCUACAGUUCAGACAUAGACACACUGUCUGUCUGUCAACAGAAGUGCAUUUAAACUGACAGUCAUGCACAAACUUGAAUUACAGGACGUAGCAAACGUUAAAAUAGGCGAGUGUUUAUGUUUAUAGUGGAAUGUAGUCAGACCAGUAGUUAAGCACAGUGUUACCGCUUCAUCCGUUUUUAGCUCCAAGUUACUUCUGGUGGAAGAGACUGACUGUAGGAGGGAGCACAGUGGAUGCACCGAUCUGUUUGUUACAGGUAGUUAAUCCAUUUAUUUGAUGCAAGUAUCAAUGCAGUAUUGUGAAACAAAAUACUUUAUGUUGUCUUAUGUCUUUACAAUUAUUUAUAUGAAAAAAAGCUGCUUUGCUCUGUUUUCUCAAUCGUGGAAACGUGUUUCUAUCAUCUCGAUUUACGUUCUAAUCUUGAGAGUUGAAGUUACAACUCUUUUAAAUCUACAUUGCAGUGAAAUUCUCCUUAAACAUCUUUCGACAAUGAUGUUAUAUUACAAAUUUUAACAUUUUAAUGCGUUCACAGUAAAUCAAAUAUGUGAUUUUGUUUUUAACUAUCUAAGAAUCUGUUUUAUCUGAAUUGCACUUGAUAACACUAUUUGACAUCAGAUGAGUUUCUUAGGUAAUAAUCAACCUGUUUAAAUGCUUCUCUUGUACUGUGUAGAAACUGUGUGAUUAAGCCCUGAGUUGUGCCUUAUUGUCCAGUGACAUAAUUGCAAGUGAAUUUAAUAUACUGACAAAAUGUUGCAGGGAAUAAUAUUUAUGUGAUCAUUAAAUAAACUGGUAUUGUUUAUCAUUAA